GCUAAAUACCUUGUUGAGUAGCUAUCGCUGAGCGGGGUUGGAUGAUAAGAGGAGGGUCUAUAUUGUGGGUCUUGAGCUAUACCAUGAUCUUGUUCGUUCUGGUAAUGGGGGCUCUCUCGAGAUCAUACUGUGUAGACUGUCUUCGGGAGGACGCUUCGGUAUUGUCGCCAUGGUACCGAGUUCCGGGAUGGCUAGACGAGGGUGCUUGAUUCGUAUAGAGGAUUGCGUUUGUUGUCACUAGAUGACUAGUGCUAUUGCUAUUGCACUGUGCCUUUAGCCAUGCCUUACCGGCCCUUCCACGGUAUA